AUGUCGAACUCUUCAGACGACACCGCGACCGAGGCCUUCCCGCCCGCUCUAGACGUGACAGUCUCGUCCCCAGGCCUGUCCGAAGUCACCUCACCCCCUUCGCGGCAACAACAUCACGUCGAUUUCGCCCUCAAUGUCGAUACCCGAGCGCCCCAGUCGGCACCGCGCCCCUCGCCGCUCUCCCCAAGGAGUCCUGGGUUCGGGGGCGUCACGCGAUCGGACACCGAGCUCUCGCGUAGUGGAGUGAGGCGACGCAAUACUCGUGCCAACACCUUCAAGACGAUCCAAGAGUACGAUGAAUUCGAGGAACUCUCCCGGCCCGGGUGGCAGCCGGGGGCUGAGCCCGGAGUCGAUACCACCAAAACCGAACAAGGCCACGCAGUCAUGGGGUUGCAUGCCAAUUGCCAGAUUACUAUCGUCGACUUUAGCCAGGACAACCUCGCGAUCCACGAACUGGACAACUCAGAGUUAGUCGACUUUUUGCAGCAACCCCAGCCUGACUGGGUCAAGUGCCGCUGGAUCAACGUCAACGGGCUAAGCUGGGAUGUUAUACAAGCCCUGGGCAACUACAAGAACUUGCAUAGGUUGGCUAUUGAAGACAUUAUGAAUACAAGGAAUCGAACCAAGGUCGACUGGUACCAACACCACGCUUUCAUGAUCUUAACCUGCCAGAAACUGGUACGCAUGAUCGAUGACGAUAGCAGCGACGAUGAAGAUGCGCGCGACGGCCAUAGCGUCAGAAGUCACGGCUCCAAGAAAGGCAUCAAGAAGAACAUCAAGCGAUGGUGGUCCUCUACGAAGGAGAAACACACCGCAACGCCUUCAGCCAGUAACAUAGAGAAGGGCAACAACAUACCGCCGCUGAAUGAUAUCCUUUCCCACCAAGCCACGGGGCUAUCGGAUGUUUUCAACCCCAACACUCUCACUACGCUGCAAAGAUAUCGGGCGUCUUCCAACGAGGCGCGAAAUGACUUCAUGGAGAGGCAUAGUGCGCUUGCUUCCAGAGGCCUGGCCGUUACAGCUGAACAGGUCGCUAUGUUCGUCACUUCAGACAACACAGUCAUAGCCUUCUUCGAGCAGUCAGCCGAUGAUGUAGAGAGGCCAAUUCUCGCAAGACUUGCCAGUCCCGACACAAUUUUGCGACAGUCUUGUGAUGCAUCAAUGGUAGGACAAGCGAUUAUCGACGCCGUUAUCGACAUGGCCAUUCCCGUAUCGGCUUGCUACGCCGAUGUCAUAGCUGAUCUGGAACUCGAAGUUCUUCUGCAACCCAGCAUCAAGCAGACGAGGAGCCUGUACAUUAUCCAGUCGGAAAUCAACAAAAUGGCUGGCUUGAUCAACCCUAUCGCCUCCAUCAUCUCGGCUAUGCGCGAUCACAAGACGACGCUGUCUCAAGAUCAUGCCGAGAUGAAGCUCCAGGACCCCUUAGGCGGCGUCAUCAUUACGCCCAUGACUUACACGUACCUUGGAGAUGUGUACGAUCACUGUGUCUUGAUUUCCGAGAACCUGGUCACGAUCAGGAAAUCCGCGGAUGGUUUGAUAGACCUGAUUUUCAACACUAUCUCCGCAUAUCAGAACGAGAGCAUGAAGCAGUUGACGGUAGUGACGAUUAUUUUCCUACCGUUGACUUUCCUUACUGGAUAUUUCGGCCAGAACUUUGUUUUGUUUGAUGCAAUUCAGGGGAGCGUCAUUACCUUCUGGCAAAUCGCGAUCCCCGUCACAUUCGGAAUUAUUCUCAUUCUCAUGCGUCUAGUUAUCUAUGAGUACUUCCGCUCAUUCUUUGACCGCACGCAUGUGCGGACUGUACGGAAGAGGAAGAAGGAAAGAGUUGACAGAGCGAAAACACUGCGCAAAGUUGAUGUUGCUAGGACUUUCUAG